ACAGGAGAGGAGCUAAGGCUAAGCAUGACAAUCACUCCCUCACUCUCCGGUGUGUGAUGUGGUUCGAUUCCAGGAGAGGGGCUGCUUAUAAUUCUCUCAUUGCCUUUGCUUUCUCUUCCACAUUGUCUGCAGCUUUAACGCAUGGUAUAAAAAAGGACGACCAUACAAGGAAUAGAAACGCCUAAGACUCAAACGUUUCCUUUCACAAGACCUCUGACACCAAAGAAAUUGAUUAUACUUAAGGUUUGGUUGUGCAUUUGAGAGAGAGGGCGAGAGAAACCAAGAGACAGAGAGAGGCACCCAUAAUCAAAGCUGGAGAGCAACAGUGAGAGGGAAAGGGAGAAAGCAACAGAGGAAAAUGUGUCUAUCUUGCAACUUCGGCGACCAUCAUCACAAUUUAAUACGAAUUUGAAAAACCACAGCGCUGCAACUAAUCUGUCUUCUGAGAAAGGGGAGGCAGUGAGCGAAGGCCAGAGACUUAUUAUUUAUUUUAUUUUGUAACACUGCUGAAAAGCCAUAUACAGUAUUGUUCUACAAUAUUACUGUGCUAUUAUUUAUACAAAAGCGGUCAAUAGUCUGAUGUUUUAUGAAUCAGGCCUAGUUUUCCUGAGCUAUUCCAAUGGCCUGAACUUUAGGUUCAGUCCCCAACUGCCUUACCUUGACCCUUUUCUUUGAUGAUGUAAACACUAUCAUCUCUCUGCCUGCCUUACAUUUCCCUCUCCUACUGAAGCCAAUGCACAAACAAACUGACAGACUGGAAAUGGAGGCAAGCCAACCCGGUUGUUGAGGCCUUCAGUUCGGAUGAUUAGAUCGGAUAUACCUAUACUUUUCCUCCUGAUCCGGAAAAAGGCCCAGAAAUAGCCCUCAAGUACCUAGACACACUCCGUACCUUUACUCACCAUCCGGUUUACUCCUGAAACAAAGCUACUAAUCAAAAAUGGCUGCUGGAGUUGCAACAUGGAUGCCCUUUGCUCGGGCAGCAGCCGUGGGCUGGCUACCACUGGCCCAACAGACCAUGCCCAAGCCUCCUGUGGACAAAAAGAGUCGCAGUGAUGAGAUCCUGUUUGUUAAUGUGAGUGGACUACGCUUUCAGACAUGGAAGAACACCUUGGACCGUUACCCAGACACCCUUCUAGGCAGCUCAGAAAAGGAGUUUUUCUACAAUGAGGAAACUCAGGAAUAUUUCUUUGACAGGGAUCCAGAGAUGUUCCGCCAUAUACUAAARUUUUUUCGAACAGGCAAGCUACAUUACCCCCGACAUGAAUGCAUUCAGGCUUUUGAGGAAGAGCUUGCUUUCUAUGGCAUAAUACCGGAGAUCAUAGGUGACUGCUGUAUGGAAGAGUACCGGGAUCGCAAGAAGGAGAACCAGGAGCGUUUGGCUGAGGACACCGAGGCCGAGAAUGCCGGAGACGCUCCCCUGCCCCCAGACGCCACAUUACGAGAGAGGCUAUGGAGGGCCUUUGAGAACCCUCACACAAGCACCAUGGCCUUGGUUUUUUACUACGUCACUGGCUUCUUCAUCGCUGUGUCUGUUAUUGCCAACGUUGUGGAAACAGUUCCCUGCCGACCAAUCAAAGGGAGUAUAAAGGACCUGCCGUGUGGUGAGAAGUUUUCAGUGGCCUUCUCUUGUUUGGACACGGCCUGUGUGCUUAUCUUCUCCUUCGAGUACCUCAUGAGGCUGUAUGCCGCCCCCAGCCGCUGUGAUUUUGCGCGUUCGGUGAUGAGCGUGAUAGACGUGGUAGCCAUCUUGCCCUUCUACAUCGGCCUUGUCAUGCCAGAGAAUGAGGAAGUCAGUGGGGCCUUUGUCACCCUGCGAGUCUUCCGGGUGUUCCGUAUCUUCAAGUUCUCCCGUCACUCUCAGGGGCUGCGUAUCCUGGGCUGCACGCUACAAGCCUGCGCCUCGGAGCUGGGCUUCCUCCUCUUCUCUCUCACCAUGGCCGUCAUCAUCUUUGCCACCGUCAUGUUCUACGCUGAGAAAGGCACCAAGGGAACCACGUUUUCCAGCAUCCCCGCCUCCUUCUGGUACACCAUCGUCACCAUGACAACACUGGGAUAUGGAGACAUGGUUCCAGACUCCAUAGCGGGCAAGAUAUUUGGCUCCAUCUGCUCCCUCAGUGGCGUGCUGGUGAUUGCUCUACCUGUGCCUGUUAUAGUCUCCAACUUCGCGAGGAUCUACCACCAGAACCAAAGGGCAGAUAAGAUGAGGGCACAGCAGAAAGUGCGCCAGGCAAGGAUUCGAAUGGCUAAAAAAGGGGCCACCAAUGCAUUCUUGCAGCACAAAGAGGAUGGGGGAUUGCAGGAUGGUGAUGGUGACAGCACACCUUUUUGUGUGAAGAACAGAUCCGCCUUUGAGCACCAACAUCAUCACCUAUUGCACUGCUUGGAGAAAACCACAAAUCACGAGUUCACAGAUGAAGUCACCUACAGCGAGGUGUGUGUGACCGACUCAGUGGGCUUCCGCACCAGCCGCAGCACUUCGCUGUCCAGCCAGCAGGGGGCCACCACAACCUGCUGCUCCCGCCGGGCCAAGAGGAGGGCCUUCCGCCUUGCCAACUCCACUGUCUCUGUCAGCCGGGGCAGUGUGCAGGAGCUGGACACGCUGCACGUCACCAAGACUCCUGCUGGUACCCAGUACCCACAGAGUCGCUCCAGUCUAAAUGCCAGGACUGAAGACCUGAAGCUGAACUGUGAUGACUACACGGCAGCCAUCAUCAGUAUCCCCACUCCCCCAGCCAACACUCCUGAUGAGAGCCUACCUAACUCACCCGCCAUCCCUGGCAUCCUACGCAACUCUCGSUCCAGUACCUUCAACACCCAGGACACUGUCAAGAUCUCCUCUUUAUAACCCCCCAAGCACAGGACCUUGACCCAUUGCACAAAAGAAGAGGAAGGGGGCCCAUCAGAGAAGAACAUGGGAAAGAAGGACAUUCAAGGAUGAUACCACACACUCUUUGCAAAUGCUUCAAUCCAAUACCAACGUAAUGUCUACUGAAUAGAGGUAGGGCUAGCGUGAAUCUUUUUCAUUUAUUCAUUCAUUUGAUUUGAACCAUCCAUGUGAUGUGCUGGAAAGGUUACUGUGAGGUUGACCUUUUGGUCUAGGGAGUUACAGGGGGUGGGGGAGUUAGUAAAUUAAGUGAGUAUCACAGAGACUCACAGAGACUGUGAGCUGAGCAGGAACAGAUGACAGCGUGUGAAACAGGAAUCUACAUGCCUCUUGGACUCAGAGAACGGACACAUAUGGAUGGUGUGGUUGGUAAGAGGGUUUUUCAACAAUAAUAUACCCACCGUGGCAUCGAAGGCCUUUUACUUUUCAAGAUAUGCAACGUUAGAACAAGCAGGAAAAACUAAUAUACAUAAUGUGUGUAACAAAUUGCAGGGAGAGAUUAUAAAGAUUAUGAAUAAUGACAAAAUUAUAUUGAUAUAUAAAUACACCUUUAGAGAGAGAAAUAUUAAUUCUGUAUUCUGCAAUAGAUUUCUUCACACAAAUUCAAUGAAAAUAAAGGAGAGAUCGUUAGAUGGUAGUACAUAUGUAACAUAUUUUGUAUCAUACGUCUCUAAAUCACAUGCAUCUUCAAACUUUACCAAAAAAUGUCAGUGUAAUGACUAGCUUAAUACAGCUAUGCAUGUUCCUGUACAGUAGAUGGUGGAGAAUAGAACUACUGAUAUUAGUGAUAUCAGAUAUGACUAGCUCAUCGGUUAUUUGCAUGGUACCUUAUUCUUUCCCUCAGAACAGUUAGUUUUAUUUCUUUCUCCUGACAACAUUGUAAAGUAAUAAUGAUGUCAAGUGCUGCACCAGAAGUGUACAUUAGGUUAAAAAAAAUGAAUGAAAUAAAAACAUUGAGGCAUGUUCCUCGCCAGAAUGCGAAGUGGGUGAGUAUGAUUGUGUGGUCUGUGUGUGGUAGGUUGGGAGGACUUGUGUUUAUUGAUCACAAAUAUGCAUGGAUACCGUUGUAGGUAUUUUACCUGUUUUUUUCUUUGGGAAAUAAAAUGUAGAGGAGGGAUUCAACAGCGUCUAUUGUCAAAGAGAAAGAAAUUAGGGAGAAGAGGUUACCAGUAAGAAAAGUUCACAGUUACCUUUCGUUGACUUCUCUUAUUGUAAUAUUGUGUUACAGGGUUAAGUGUAUGCAGCCCGUUGAUGGCUGUGUAAUUGACAAGCAACUUUUUUGUUAAACAUGCUAACAUAUCGGUGCUGCUACUGUACUUCAUUGAACUUUACUGUUGGCAUGGCUCCAGUUCUGUUUAUGAGAUCUGGUGUUUGCAAUAACCGUUGUAAUUAUUUUACUGCAAACUUUGGCAAUCCUACUUUUUUUCUCUGAUUAUUAUUAUUUGCAUAAUAUUGCAAUGAAAGAUUUCUCUGUAACUGUGCACACUACAGCUGUUCUAAAGUUACUUUAGUAUUUAUUCAUAUAAUGCAGAUAGGAGUAGAAUGAGCACUAUGUCAACCUCACACAUAUUUGCUAACAUUAAUUUCCAAACAUAUAUAGCUAUAUGAUUCACAUUAUUUACACAAUGUCAUUUUCUCAUGGAAGUGAUAACAGAUGAGUAAAGUCGUGUCAUAUGCUUUAUAUGUGUAUGCUGUAUGAAUACAACAAACGUUUGAUGGGAAGAUUAUAUAGUAAUUAUAAGAAUCUUAUACAUACCACUCCUAAUGAAGUGUUAACCUAACCCAAUGAUAAGUGACCGGAUGUGUAGGCUCAGGAGAGGUGGCACCAGCCAGUACUCAUGUCAGCGAAAGAGAUGCACUGAUUCCCUAGAGGACGAUGAGCGGAACAGAUCAAAAGCACAGAUGUCUAUAUUCUAUUCCACAA